CAAGCCAAGAACCCUGGCAAGUCUUGGAAUAAUGUAACAAUAAUUUCAAUACUACAUCUACACACACACAUCACAUAUGCUCAUCACUGCUUAUGGCCUAUAUUCAUAGGGUGUUAAACCAGGUCCUGUCGAGAAGAUGGCUGUGAAGUCUGCCAAACCAAAGCAGAGGACCAUGGCUGAGGGAGUAAGGUCCACACUGUACAAAGCCAUCAGUGGGGAGUUGCUGGACCUGUCCAUUCUCAGAGUGUCAGAGAUCUACAAAGAGUUCAACCCUGUUUCUGCACCAACCAUUUGUACAAUGGGUAUCACCUGUGAGGUGCCACUAGUGGACUCUGCACUCGGUUUGGUACAAGCAGGCAGUCCCUUGUCAUACCAACAACCCAAGGCAAGAAGUCGCCCUGUUGCUCACCAUGACGCUCCACCAUGUCCAGAUUUGCCAUUGGCUGGCUGCAGACUGGAGACAUCAUGCAGUAUGUUUGUUUUCACUGAGCAUCAACAGCUGCACUUCAAGUCACUUGAGGUUACCUGGGAGAUGGCUAAAAAAAUAGAGGACGCAACUAGGGGUCAAAGUACAUCAGCAGACUGGCAUAGACUGAGAAAACCCAGACUCACUUCCUCACAUUUUGGCGAAAUAUGCCAUGCUAAACCAUGCACCUUAGAUAAGAUGGCAGACCGGAUGCUCAGAGGGGUCCGUCAGACAGCAGCAAUGAAGAGGGGUCUCGAAAUGGAAGCUGAUGCCAUUGAAGAGUACUGCAAGCUCAAGAGGGUGAACUACUACCCUUGUGGCUUCAUUAUACACCCCGACACUCCAUGGCUAGGUACAUCCCCAGACGGGGUUGUCUUUGACCCAACAGAAAAUACUGAAUUCGGCCUUGUGGAAAUAAAAUGUCCAAAUGUUAAGAGCUACGUGGAUUAUCCACAUUUGAAAAUGAAAGACAGCAACCUGGAAUUGAAGCAGGGUCAUGGCUACUACUGGCAGGUGCAGGGUCAGCUGCUCCUAACAGGGAUGGAGUGGUGCGAUUUUGUGGUGUUUGCGGAGGAAGACACCCUGAUUCAAAGAAUAUACCGGGACAGUGGUGCGAGAGGGCCCGUGAGGAUUGGCCGACGCGGGGUUGAGGGAGGAGGCGGCGGCCGGGGCGAGGGAGUCUCGCUGGCGUCCUCGGGGGAGCGGCGCCUCGGGGCCAGACUCAGGCGAGCUUCGGGUCAACAGCGACACGCUAUCAGCGGCCUGCGGAGAGACUCGGCUGGAGAGCGCGCCGCUAGCCCGCCACUAAGAGCCCGGCUGAUUCCCGCCUUCCCUACCCCUACCUACCCCACCCCACCUCCCCCAUCCCCCAUCACGAUCGGAGAUGAUAACAGAGCCUCAAUGGCAUUAGGGCUCCACUGCAAGACUGCCGUAGAGAAACGCAAGCUCUCUCCGCUCUCUGCGGUGCCACGCGACGUCUUUACCCGCCUCAGCACAGGUAUCAAAGCCCCGGCUCACCGCGCCCAGAGAUGCCGCCGCAACGGCAGCCUGGCGACGGCUUUCAUGGCAGGAAGAAGAAGGGAAGAAGAGGAGGAGGAGGAGGAGGAGGAGGUGGCAGUGGAGGAGCUACGAGUGCUCAUGGAGAGAGAGCUCCUUUGGGGAUUUCCUUAUCGAGGGCAGAGCAGUCCCCCAGAGCUCAACCUCAUCCUCUGA